AUGGUUUCGUGCGUGACAUGGUCUCCUCGACGUUCAACACCCGGUCGCCUUCCCGGCGGGCCCAACCGAACGAGGAUCUACGUCGCAUCAUCUGCAGAGCAUGAGCAGUUCCAGGAUCCCGAGAACCAGCUACGAAGAUACGGUGCGCGAUAUGGGAAGCCCUACCUGCUGCAGUCGAUUGUGGACACGGCCCCUCGCGUGCGAGUGCGAAAGGCGCGCGACAGGGCACGGGAUCAGCUGGCAGAUCUCGCGGUGAUGAACGAGCGGCUGAUGCACGGCGACGACGCGCGCGCGGCCGCCAUCCGCCAGCGCCUGGACUACCUGCGCCGCAGGCGGCUGGCCUGGGAGAUGGUUUACGACGUGGUGAUCAGGGACGACGCGCUGUGCACGCUGAGCGUGAUCGAGGAGGCCAACAGCCGCGUGCAGCGCAUCCUCAGCGAAGAGCACCGCGAGCGGGCGGGGGUGGCCUCACUGCGUCGCCAGAUGGUGGAGCUGCAGGGGGAGGUUGCGAGCGCACGGGCGCGCCUAGACGCCACCCAGGAGGCUCUGGCCAGGAACAUGGCCGCCAUGGAGCGCCUGAGGGUGGAGGCCGAGGCUCUGCAGGGCCUGGUAGCUGGCGGGAACCUGGUCAAGCGGCGGCGUGGCCUCAAGUCCAGCCUGUUCCUGGAGCCAGGGCUGAAGGAGCACUGGUAUGGCGUCGCGUUUUGCAGCCAGCUCCAGCCGGGCUCUACGCUUUCGUUUGAACUUUUUGGAGAGAUGUGGGAGCUGCGCCGCCAGGAUGGGGGCGUGCCGUGCACUGAGGUGGACGGCUUCGUGUGGGUCUGGCCCGGGUCGCAGGCGCCCACCCCGCCGCCCACCGCCUCGGCCGUGCCGCUGGGCUUCCGCUGCCAUGCUGAGAUCGAGGUGGAGGUGCCGGUGGAGCACGGCCUGCUGCUGGAGAACCUGCUGGACCUGGCGCAUGCCCCCUUCACCCAUACCAGCACCUUUGCCAAGGGGUGGCCGAUCCCAGACGUGGUCAAGUUCCAGGCCACCAAGCUGCUAACGGGCAACUGGCAGCCCUACCCCAUCACCAUGUCCUUCGCCCCGCCAAACAUGGUGGUGUCGCUCAUCGGCUUAUCGCGCCCAGGCGUGGUGGAAAGGGGUCUGAGCGCGGAGUCGUGCAAGCGCCACCUGCACCAGCUCCACGUCUGCCUGCCCAGCCGCCCCGGCCACACUCGCCUGCUGUACCGCAUGAGCAUGGACUUUGCUGGGUGGUUGCGCUUCGUACCCGGCAUCGCUGCCUUCUGGCGCAGCAUCGCCGGGCAGGUGCUGGGCGAGGACCUGGUGCUCGUCCGCGGCCAGCAGGACCGCAUGCUGCGAGGGGCUGACACCUGGCAGACGCCGGUGUCGUACGACAAGCUGGCGGUGCGGUACCGGCGCUGGCGCAACCGGUUGGAGGGCGGGGAGCUGGACAGGGAGGUGGUGGCGCAGGCCGCGGCGGCGCUGGCCAUGUCGGCUGGGGAGAUGUUUGCGCUGUCGGAGGAGAGGUGCGGGGACGACAACGGCACCUGCGUCGCGGAGUGA